AUGGCGUCCCUCUUCACCAACAGCUUGACCCGUCUCAGCGGAGCCGGCAAGCUAUGCACGGCGAUGGGAAUCAGGCUGGUGACCAAUACUCAAGUCGUCCAUUUAGCGGCAAACGGAGGCUUUGAUGCUCUCUUCAUUGACUUGGAGCACUCAACACUUUCCAUCCAGGAUGCAAGCCAGCACUGCAUCGUUGGCUUACAAAUGGGCAUCACACCCUUUGUCAGAGUCCCUUACCAAUGUGGAAAUGGUUUCAUUCAGAAAGUUCUGGAUGGCGGAGCGAUGGGUGUUAUCUUUCCUCAUGUUCAUGGUCGAGACGAUGCUAAGGCGGCGGUCUCGAUAUGUAAGUAUCCGCCUCAAGGCAAGAGGUCGAUCACUGGACAGCUCCCGCUCUUCUCUCUCAAAGCAACGCCCCAAGACACCAUUAUUUCCGAAACAAAUAGAAACGGGUCUAGCGUCUUCUUGAUGAUUGAAACCAAGGAGAGCAUUGAUAACAUUGAAGAGAUCGCAUCAGUUGACGGCGCGGAUGUGCUUCUGGUUGGGUCUAAUGACCUGGCAAUAGAGCUAGGAGCGCCAGGACAAUUUAGGAGUAAGGAAUUUCGGGCGGCUAUGGAGAUCAUCAGCCAAGCUUGCAAGAAGCACGGGAAGAUCAUGGGUUUGGCCGGCAUAUACGAUGAUCACGAACUUCAUGACUGGGCAAUCAACCAACUUGGCGUACGUUUCCUGCUUGGGGGACAGGACUCGGCUAUCCUGGCGAGAGGAGCAAAAGAGACCAUGGCAGCGAUUUCAAAGGUGCCACAAUAA